CUACACAAAUAAAUGAAGUUGGCCAUGUGGCGAUGAAGAUGAGAUUCAAGCAACAUAUCAAAACCAAAGCAUUAGUAGCAACUCAUCAUACAGAAAGCCAUGGCUUCUCUGGCAAGCUUAGAUAUUGUUCAACCAUCUACUAUCAAGGGCCUUGCUGGAUCUUCCCUUACUGGAACUAAGCUCUCUUUCAAGCCCUCUCACCAGAGUUUCAGACCCAAGAAUUUCAGGAAUGGUGUUGUGGUAGCAAAUUAUGGUGACAAGAGUGUGUACUUUGAUUUGGAGGAUCUAGGCAGCACUAUUGGUCAGUGGGACUUAUACGUCUUCGAUGCACCUUCACCCUACAACCCUCUUCGGGUUCGUUUUUCCUCUGUGAACCUCUUUAUUGUUUAUUCAUUUAACUAAGAAAUGGUGCGAAUGAUUAGGGUCCUAACUAAGGCAUUGGAAGCAAUAAUAUUGGAUAGUUUCAGGUUUGACUUUUGAGGCUAUUGCUUUAGACUUUAGUAUGUACGAAUUUUUUUAAAUCAUGAAUCAUGAACCACGAUUUUAGUGUGAUGGGAUGAUUCAUUAUGUAUAUUUAGUUUAUAGUUUUUUCCUCUUGGCCUUUACUAAAUUUUUGUAUUGUAUGGCUUACGCGAAUUUGGAUAUCAAUGGACAAGGAAGUGGUUAUGCUACGUGGUUUGGUGAUCUAAUUGAUAUUAGACAGUUUGCAGUUGGAGGCUAGGAUGUAUAUGUUCAAAUUGAUGAUUCAGAAUUAGAACACGCCAAUGAGGGCCACAAGAAGGGUGGAGUCCUAGUGGCAUAAACAGUUUCUUUGGUCGUGGCUGCAGUUGCUGGAAUACUAAUAAUACUUGGUUCGUGUUUUAGAAAGAAAUCAUGUUGCAAUGUCAAAGAGAUCAGACUUCAAUAUCAAAUCAAAUCAAACCAAAAUAGUGGAAUGCAAGUGGAUGAUAUGGACCUACUAGUUUUUGACUUGUCAACAAUAGCUAAGGCCACUAGCAACUUCGCAGUCAAGAACAAAAUUGGAGAAGGUGGUUUUGGACUUGUAUACAUGACAAUUUGCUUAUAGAUUAUUAUGGCAUUAAGAAUUGAGGAAUAAAAUGAACACUUCUUGAUUUAUUUCAAAUCAUCAAUUUGAAAAUUAAAAUUUUCAAGGAAAUCUAAAAGAUGGGCAAGAAAUUACUCUGAAGAGGCUUCUUGGAUGUCGCCUUGAAGGAGAGGAAAAAAUGUUGGUUUAUGAGUACAUGCUUAAUGGUAGUUUGGACUCAUUUAUUUUUGGUAUGGAUACAAGGAAUGAAUUGUAUUUUAAAUGGUUAAGACUGGUUUCAUGAUUUUUCUUUUAUGCUUAAUGUUAUAAAUUAGUGCCUAUUCUCUUUCUAGGGUGAAGUUAUUAAAAAUUUAGAAUGUUGAGAUUAUGAUAACAAAUUAUUCAAGUAAUUGACUACCUCAUAUGUAUUUUGCUACUUUACUUAACAAGUAUGAAUAUUGUUUUGAUUGUAACAUGACCUUUGGGUAUUAACCAACCUACUAUAAAUGGGUAUUUCAAGCAUUUAGCCAUAUACAAAACCAAGGGAUUCGUAAAUCUAAGUUGUCACUGAUCAUAUUCUUGUGGCAUUUCAUGUAUGUGAAUUUGUUGAGGAUAAAGAUGGUUAGAGACCCACUACCUGGUUUUGUUGGGACAUCAAGGUUAUAUUCUACAGUGGCAUGCUUUAUUAGUUGCCUUCAAUGGAAGCAAGAUAUUCUUCAUUUUCUUGAGGUUUGUUACUCCUAUUCCUACUUAUCAGUUCAUUUAAGUAGCUUUUGUGGUUCAUGUAUACUUAUAUGUUGCAAUGGGUAAGAAGAGAGAUUACUUCACUACUCCUAAUUACUCAAUGAUAGAGGGCUCAAUUAUGAUUGGCCUUUUAAUAUGAGAGAGCGGGAAAGGAAUCUGUAUAAAGUGGAUGCAUUCAAUAAUAAUUUUGAUUUUUGUUGUUUGUUCCCCAA